AUGGAGGAGAGUCAGGCACACUUCAUGGUGACUGUGUUUCUCCUUUACGGUCUAAUAUUACUGCAAGCAUACUGCAUGAAGUUACAUUAUACUGGUGGCCUCCGUUUGAUCACUAUACUACUCCAAUGUCCACAUUGGGCCCGGGCCCAUCUCGCUAGUAGGGUAUGGCUCAUCAAUGGCACUAUAGUGGCUGCCAACGGCAUGCUCGUUUAUGCUGCUUGUAGAGGUACUUUGAAGGCGCUGAUGAGUGAAUUGUCAUCGUCUCUCAGAAUUGGUAUAUCGCAAUAUCUAACUGAGCCGAGUUGGAAACGACUGGUGGACACAAUGCAGAUAGAGCUGAGUUGUUGUGGCGUUGAGAAGCCCGGAGAUUGGCACGAGAUACCAUGGAUCAAUAUGGAUUUUCUGAACAAGGAUUCUGAUUUAGUUAUGAAUAUCGCCAUACUCGUGCUGUACACCACGAGUACUCGCCGCCUGCUACCACGAUCCUCUACAACAGGUACUUCAUUAUUUGUCUAAAUCUAGCAUUUGUUGUUAUGCUAGUCGUAGAAGGCCUAUUGUAUUCCUCCAAAAACGGAAUUAUCUACGUCUAUUUUCGAAACGCUAAUAAGACUCCUGAGUAUUGACGGACUUACCCCAUCGGUGGCCUGGGGUGGCAAUAGGCCUGGAUCGACAUUUUUUUCCAACCCAGGCAGAAUCUUGAUAUUGCUUUUAAUUGAUAAUGAUCGAAGAGAGAACUUCAAAUACAGACGUGUUGACUUAUUUUGGUAACGAUAUAAACCUGGUAUUAAAGUUAUAAUGAUCCUCGUUAUAUAAUAAGACUGGAUAAGUAUAUAUUUUAAACAUUAUGGUUAGAGUGAAUGCCGUGAGAUCUGGAGCGGUUCGCCGCUGCUGCCAGCGUCGUUGCACGCGCGCGGCUGCGUCGAAGCCGUGAGACAACCGCUCACUAAGGCGCUGCUGGCGCUGCAUCUCUUCAACGUGCUCGUCUUCUUAUUACAAGUAUGAUGUUAAAGUUAAUAUUUUAUAGAGAUCAAUAUCUGUAGUAAUAGUCGAGAGAAUUACUUGAGAAACUGGCAAAACUUAAGCGUUUGCGAAUCCUUGAACGCUCGAUGUAGGUACUAUGCGCUGUGAUAUGAUGGAAAUUUAUUCAAUAAAUUAAGUUGUUAUGAAGACAACAGUUAG